UUGUUGCUAAAUCAAUUUAGUACACACUUUUCUUUCCUGAAUACCAUUUUGAAUCUAUUUCCUGUUGCACACUGAACAGGAGAAGAGGCAAAAGUCAUGUGGAUUUGGACCAAUAGCCUUCAUAGCUUCCGUACAAUCACUAGAGAAGAUACCACAAUCUUUAAGCUCUUCAGGAAGAUUUGACUUUCACAUAAAGUUACCUGCUCCUGCAGCCUCUGAGCGCAGGGCUAUGUUGAAGCAUGAAAUACAGAGGCGUCACUUGCAGUGCAAUGAUGACAUCCUGCUUGACGUGGCUGUAAAAUGUGAUGGUUAUGAUGGUUAUGAUCUGGAAAUAUUAGUUGACAGAGCUGUUCAUUCUGCUGUUCGCCGUUUUCUGCCUUCUAAUGCUUCCAUUGAUGUACAUGAGAGUCCAGCUAUACUAAGGGAGGAUUUCUCUCAGGCAAUGCUUGAUUUUCUUCCAGUUGCAAUGCGUGAUAUCACAAAAUCAGCUUCUGAUGAUGGCCGUUCUGGAUGGAAUGAUGUGGGUGGUCUUGUUGACAUUUGAAAUGCUAUUAAGGAGAUGAUAGAGCUGCCAUCAAAGUUUCCAAAAAUUUUUGCACAAGCACCUUUGAGGUUGCGGUCAAAUGUCCUUUUAUAUGGUCCUCCUGGUUGUGGCAAAACUCACAUAGUUGGUGCUGCUGCUGCUGCUUCUUCACUUCGAUUCAUAUCAGUAAAAGGGCCAGAGCUGUUAAACAAAUACAUUGGUGCUUCUGAACAAGCUGUUAGGGAUAUUUUCUCUAAAGCAGCAGCUGCAGCACCAUGUCUACUUUUUUUUGAUGAAUUUGAUUCCAUUGCCCCCAAGAGAGGGCAUGACAAUACUGGAGUAACUGAUCGAGUUGUGAAUCAAUUUUUGACCGAGUUAGAUGGUGUGGAGAUUUUAACUGGUGUAUUUGUGUUUGCUGCAACAAGUAAGAACAUAUGGAAAAUGGAUAUUAAUCAUUGGCUAUUAUAAUAUCUGUUUUUCCUGGAAAGCAGUAGACCAGAUUUACUUGAUGCUGCACUGUUGAGACCUGGUAGGUUAGAUCGUCUUCUAUUCUGUGACUUUCCAUCUUGGAACGAGAGAUUGGAAAUUCUUGCUGUACUUUCUAGAAAGGUAUGUGUUAGCAUGACUCCUAUGAGUAUUGUCAAUGUUUUGUUUCUUGUUUGCAAAUUGCUCAUGAUAUCUUGUUGGGGUUCUUAUAUACAUGGUAAAUAAAUGUUUUCGAUUGAAUGUUUUACCUGUUCAUAUUGUGCAAUGGAAUCAGGGUUAUAAUGUUAGCAAUAGCAUGAGAAAAUAUUAUAUGUAUCUGAUGCCUACCGGUUUGCUACAUCCUCCUAGUGUCAAUAAUAGUAAUUGUUGGCCAGUUAAAGAGAGAAAGGGACUUGAACUAUGUAAGGAAAUAAAGAAUUAUUUUAGUUAAUGAAGUGGAGUUUAAACUUAACUCAAUUUCAUAAAACUAUCUUGAUAAGGUGAGAUUUGCGUUCAUUAUAUACUGCUAGGAUAUAACCU